AUGUGUCGGAUUGAAGGUGACUGCACCUACUUGUGCGACCAAGCGCGCAGUGGGAGAACCUGCCGCGACCUACGAAGAGUUCCUGUUGUCUACACUCACCAGAAAGGCUCCGCCUCACGCGAUGACACCCCUUCUCCGGUAAACCCACCAACACCCACAAGCUCUGGUACCUAUUUCACUCAGCGUCGCCGCCCAUCCAACAGCGGCAGCCGUCCUUCCACUCGCGAUGGGCAGCGCCUCAACCCUGAGAUCAUCAUCGAAAUCGGCUCCAAGAAAGGAAAGGGAAGCAAGUAUCCGUCAGUCUCCAUUUCAACAAAAGGCCACAAGCGACAAUCCUUCGGCUCCACCGGAUCCAAUGACGCUGCCAUCGACUCAGGAGAGUCGGAGGCUUCCUAUGCUGUGCGGACUGGCUUUCCAGAUGCCCCUUUACCCCCUCCGGCUGCCUUUGACCAACCCAACACCUUCCUUCCCACGCCCCUUGCAUCUCAUGGAUAUUACCACCGACAGACGCCUUCUGCUUCUUCCAGCCAGACACCAUCGCUGACUGUGCUGUCCGAGCCAGACUUUGAUCGGUCCACCGGUCGGCGAAACACUCGCCCGUCUGCCACUGUCAUCCACAACUCAUCUCCCACCCCUGCAUCUCCUACUCGGCCACAGCAUGGCUUCUCUUCCGGGCCCUACAAGACCAAGAGCAUUGCACCAAGGGAUCCUCUCCAGGUCGCUCAAACAUCCACCAGCAUCAACCCGCUUGAUUACGACCAGUAUGCCGAUUAUUCCGGCUCUUCUCGUGCCAGUUCCGGCAUAGCUGAAACCACGCGGCCUACCAAGAACAGUGGCCAACGACGAAAGAAAGCAAGUGAGGACCUUCGCUAUCAGGAAGACGUUGACCAGAAGAAGAAGGAAGACUUGGAGAACGACAAGCACGUUCGUUUCGAGCUUGGCCGUUACGAAGCUCGUGAAAAGGAGAGGGCUGAGAGAGCACAGGCUGAGAAGGAGAAGGAGCGCGCCGCACUCAGAGAAGAGGCUCGCGAACGAGAACGAGCUGAGAGAGCACAGGCUGAGAAGGAGAGGGAGCGCGCCGCACUCAGAGAAGAGGCUCGCGAAAGGGAGCGCGCCGCAAGAGCCCAGGCCGAGAAGGAGAGGGAGCGCGCCGCCCUCAAAGAAGAAGAACGCAAGCGCAAGAAGCUCGAGCGUCUGGAACAAGAAAAGAAGGAGCUUGAAGAUAAGAGAGCAAAGGAACGCAAGAAGGAAAGGUCAAAGCCCCCGACAACCGAUUAUCCCACACGGCCGACCAACACGCGAAGGAUGUCUUCGUUGAUGACUCCCCAAGAGCAAGCUGAGCAGAAGCGCCUUGUUGAAGCUGAUAGUCUCAUCAUGCAGACUGAGAAACAGGCGGCCGAAGCUCGCGAGCGUGAAGAAAGAAGGGCAGCUGCUCGACAGCAACAAGACUCAUCAACAUACUAUGACCCUCGGGCCGGUGACCGGUCCCUGUCAAACGCCAACGCCCCUAGCAAGCCGCGUCGUGAUAGCGUUGCCUCUGCAAUGCGUCCUUCCGGGCUUACUAGGACGUCUAGCAAGCGCCGCCCGAGCAUCUCGCAACCCAACCCGCCCACCGUCAGCGCUCAACCGCCUACGGACUUCUCGACUCGACCCUCAAACUCGAGAGCACAUGCGCCACCCCCACUCUCCUUUCCAAAGACCUUCAACCAAGACUACGGUCGCCCACCAUCAGCUCGCCGUCCCUCCCUCACGCCAGACAACCCUUUUUCGCCUGGCUCUGUAAACUCGCCAGCAGCUGAUCCAUGGGACCUGCGCAACAUGGAGCCCGCACUUCCAUCUGCUCGCUCUUCGGACAGCCGCCAGCAUCACGGUAUGCAGCCGCGUGGUGAUCCAAUCAUCCAUGGCCCUACCCGUCCUGUCCGACGUGCAUCCGACUACGUCAGUGCAUUCGACGACGAUGACGAUGGCAUGGAGGACUAUCCCCCUCGAUUUGCUUCACGCACGGGGCUGAGCCGAAGUGAUUCGAGGCGGAAGCAUUGAUUUUCGUUACCCGUUUGUUGUAUUUUAGUGUUGCUUUAUGAUUUUGUACUGUUUCGUAUGGCGCCCCGUCUGCUUUUAUUGUUUGGCCUUGCUCUUGAUACCCCCUUCACCUGCCGCGUUCACUUAGACUACCCUGCGAAUGUUAUGAUCAGUGUAUACCAUGUUGUCUUUGCCUUUGUAUAGUGUGUAUUUUAGCCUGUGCGUCGUUGUCGUUGUCGUCGUUGCUGUUAUUGUUGUUGUUUUUCUCGGCAAAAAGGUUUGAAUGUUUGUGCCCUUGUGCUUGGAUGUCGCUGGAUAGUAAUGUACUACGUUGCCUCUACGGCGGGAGUGUGGGUGUUGCGACACCGCUUACAUGGCCGGUGCCUCGUCCUUAUCACUUAACUACUACGUUACUCUUUA